GAUCGCUCUUUGGGUUGUGGGCAGACCGGGCUCUCCUCAGAGGGUGGGUGAGGAAUGCUCUUCGCCCCGCUUCCCGCCGGUGUGAGGCGGGGAGGGUCGUAUUUUCCCUCGUCUUCCCGCUUCCCCUCAGCGCCUGCGCGCCUCAGGGCUGCUGUGGCGGCGUGAGGGGAGCGGGGCCUCCGCGGCGCCUGGCGGGUUGAGGCUGCGGAGGGAGAGAGCCCAGUUUGCUCCUUCGCUGCCCUCCCUCAGAGUUUGGCCGCCUGGAGGUAGGGAGCCGCCUGGGGUGUCGCUAAAAACCGCCCGAGAAAACAACUUUCCCUUCAAAAAGAGCGGUUCCUGAACGCCUUGGGAAGGCAGCCGCCGUGAGACCGGGUCGUCCUGAACCCAGUUGUGCUGAUGUGCUAAAGUCUGUGGAAUUUGCUUUGCUUAAGGAGCCGGGAAAGGGGAGUUCUCCUCCGGACUGCGUUUCUAGGUGGGGGAAAAAAAAAGAAGUUUAUCUGUGGCGAUGAUAGAUCCUCUAGAGAACAAUUUGUUUGAUCUUCCUGAUUAUGAGAAUACAGAAGAUGAAACGUUCCCACCUCUUCCACCUCCUUCCUCCCCAGGAAGAGACGAUGCUGAAUGGGCUCAAGCUAAUGGAGAACCAGAUGGAAACCAGCAGUCACAAACAAAGGAUUCUGCUGCAGCUCCACGGAAAGCAGUUAAAAGACCAAUGCCUAAACUAGAUGCCCAGAGGCUAAUUUCAGAAAGAGGACUUCCAGCCCUGAGACACAUGUUUGAUAACGUAAAGUUCAAGGGUAAGGGGCAUGAGGCGGAGGACCUGAAGACACUCAUACGACAUAUGGAACACUGGGCUCAUAGAUUAUUUCCAAAAUUGCAAUUUGAGGAUUUUAUUGACAGAGUAGAGUCUUUGGGAAACAAAAAGGAAGUUCAGACCUGCCUAAAGCGGAUUAGACUUGAUCUUCCUAUUUUACAUGAAGACUUUGCGAGUAAUGAAGAUGGUGCAGGAGAAAGCAAUGGCCUGGAUCCAGCCCCUGAGGAGGUACGUCCCUGCUCUGACAACGCAGAAGGACUCAGUUCUCUGUCUACUACAACUCUGACGGAGGAGCAACAGCAGCGAAUCCAGAGGAACAGGCAGCUGGCCCUGGAACGCAGGCAAGCGAAGAUGCAGAGUAACAGCCAGUCCCAGCCCAACGAGCUCUCUGCUCCUCACUUGGAAGAGGAAUUUAAUACCUCAGUUGCUCAGGAUCCUACAGACCUUAUUGAAGACACUCAAGUUACCACAACCAAGGCUGCUGUUACAGAAGCUGAAGCUGGAGAGGUAGAACUGGAAUGUGCCAGUGAAAAGCUGUAACACUUCCCCAGACUUUGAAUGACUUUCUUGACUGAAAGCCCCACUGGUUUAUGUACUAUCACAGUGUUGAAAUGUUGCUGGCUCUUUGCACUCUGAUUCCAGCAGCUUUACAGAGUCUUUGCCAUGACCCCUUUAUGGCUGUACAGACUCUUCUCUUGGAACUGCAGAUGAGCAACUCCCUACACUGGAAGACAGAACAAAGUUCUUCAUCUCUGUUGGAGAAAUCUUUUCCACCUCUCCCAACAUUCUCUAGGAAAUGUUAAUGAGGUUUUGAUCCACUUUGAAUUUUGUUUACAAUUGACAUCAGGCUGAAGUACUGGGCUAUUGACAGGUGGAAGUUUCUACUAAAGUGCUAUUUAUAGUUUUUUUCUUUUAAUAGAGGGUAUAUAUAAUAGUAGGUAGGACUAUGUCUGAAAAGGUCUGCCUGGGCUUUUUUUAAACUUUGUUAUCAAGUACCUGUAUCUUUUUCUUAUAAAAUGGAAGCUAUUAAAUUUCAGAAGUUAAACCUGAA